UAAAUGUGACAAAAUUUUAAACUUUCUGAAGACGCAAGAAAAAAUCCUCACUUGAGUCAAUCCAGUCUUUAGCUAUGGUGGUCGCAACCAUUUUCCGGCGCAAUCUUCAAUUCCUUUGCCUUCUCUUUUUCCUUUCCUCCGCCGGCGCAGCAGCGGCCAACGAGCUGCAAACACUUCUAUCCAUCAAAUCUGCCUUGCAUGAAUCCAACACCAAAGUAUUUGAUUCCUGGGAAUCCACCAAUCCCAUGUGUAACUUUUCAGGAAUCACUUGUGAUUCAAAUAAUGCGGUCAUAGAAAUUGAACUCUCCAGACAGAAUUUGACGGGCUCAAUUCCUUUGGAUUCCAUUUGCAGGCUAAAAUCCCUGGAAACACUCUCCCUGGGAUUCAACUUUUUGUUCGGUCCUGUUACUGAUGAAUUAAAUAUGUGUGUUUCUCUCAGGUAUUUAGACCUGGGGAACAACUUUUUCUCCGGAUCAUUUCCAGCAAUUCCGUUGCUUAGUGGAUUAAUAUAUUUGCAUGCAAAUAGAAGUGGAUUUUCAGGCACUUUUCCCUGGGAUUCUCUUGAAAACAUGACGAAUCUUAUUGUUUUGAGCCUCGGAGACAAUCCCUUUGAUCGAACUCCAUUUCCUUCUGCAAUUUUGAAGCUCACGAAACUGAAGUGGCUAUACUUGUCAAACUGCAGCAUUGAAGGGAAAAUUCCGGACGGGAUUGGAAAUCUUGUUGAGCUGAUGAACCUGGAAUUAGCACAAAAUUAUAUAACUGGGGAAAUUCCUGUUGGGAUUUCCAGGCUGAGAAACCUAUGGCAGCUCGAGCUUUACCAGAAUGAACUAAUUGGGAAAUUACCUACUGGAUUGGGAAGUUUGUCGAGCCUGGAAUAUUUCGAUGCUUCAAACAAUCAUCUUACGGGAAAUCUUUCUGAAGUUAGAAGUUUGAGGCAGUUGGUCAGUUUACAGGUAUUUAAGAAUGAAUUUUACGGUGAAAUCCCACCUGAGCUGGGGGAAUUCGAGAAACUGGUGAAUUUUUCUAUUUACAAGAACAGGCUUUCAGGGGAGCUGCCAGAGAAGCUUGGUUCUUGGUCGGCAUUCCAUUUCAUCGAUGCCUCGGAGAAUUAUUUCACUGGUCGGAUACCACCAGACAUGUGCAAGAAGGGUACCAUGAAAAAGCUCUUGAUCCUGCAGAACAAUUUCACAGGCCAAAUUCCAGCAACUUAUGCGAAUUGCAAGAGUUUAACGCGUUUUCGUGUUAGCAAGAAUUUGCUUUCUGGCGAGGUUCCUGGCGGGAUAUGGGGGCUUCCUAAUGCAGAAUUGAUUGAUAUUGCAGAAAAUAACUUGGAAGGGCCGAUCACUUCUGAUAUUGGAAAUGCAAAGUCUUUAUCUAGCCUCUUGCUUGCUAAAAACAGAUUCACAGGUGAAUUACCAUCAGAUAUUUCAAAGGCUUCAGCUUUGGUUUCUAUUGAUUUGAGUUACAAUCAAUUUACGGGUAAUAUUCCCACAACAAUUGGUGAACUCAAGCAACUAAACAGUCUUCAACUGCAGGCCAACAAGUUAUCUGGUUUAAUACCAGAUUCCUUAGGCUCUUGUGAUUCCAUCACUGAUAUUAACAUGGCUAAUAAUUUUCUUACCGGUCAAAUUCCAGCCUCUCUCGGGUCUUUACCAACUCUCAAUUACCUGAAUUUGUCAUGGAAUGAACUCUCUGGUUCAAUUCCAGGGAGUUUAUCCUCUCUGAGUCUUAGCCUUCUUGAUCUCUCAAGCAAUCAACUGAUUGGUCGCAUACCGGAGUCUCUUUCAAUUGAAGCUUACAAUGACAGCUUUGCAGGAAACAAUGGCCUUUGUAGUGACAAAAUCAGGAAAUUCCAUCCAUGUUUAUCUGAAGCAGGCACAUCUAGGCACCUUCGAACGGUCUUAUUCUGCUUCAUGGUCGGAUUCAUUGUCAUACUCCUGAUUGCAGGCUUCUUUUGCAUAAAGAAGAUGAGAAAAACAGAACAUGGAGUAUCGCUGAAGGAGGAUUCUUGGAAUGUAAAGCCUUACCAUGUUUUGAGCUUUACAGAAGAUGAGAUUCUUGAUUCCAUAAAGCAAGAGAACAUAAUAGGGAAAGGUGGUUCUGGUCAUGUUUAUAGAGUUGCUCUUGAAAAUGGCAUAGAAUUGGCUGUGAAGCACAUAUGGCACUCUAACAAUACUGGCAACUGGAAAAAGAUCCGCAGUACAACUCCAAUGUUGGCGAACUGUGGAAUUAGAUCACGGGAAUUUGAGGCCGAGAUUCAAACAUUGAGCUCAAUAAGACAUAUUAACGUGGUUAAGUUGUAUUGUAGCAUUACUAGUGAGGACUCAAGCUUACUGGUUUAUGAAUAUAUGCCUAAUGGAAGUUUAUGGGAUAGAUUGCACACUUGUAGAAAACUAGCCCUUGAUUGGGAUACAAGGUAUGAAAUUGCUGUUGGUGCAGCAAAAGGAUUGGAAUAUCUGCAUCAUGGUUGUGACAGGCCAGUGAUUCACCGUGAUGUCAAAUCAAGUAACAUUUUGUUGGACGAGGAUUUAAAACCUCGGAUUGCAGAUUUUGGACUUGCAAAGAUUGUUCAGGAAAAUUCGAACAAGGAAUCAUCGACUCAAAUCAUUGCAGGAACUCACGGGUAUAUAGCUCCUGAGUAUGGCUAUACAAACAAAGUAAAUGAGAAGAGUGAUUUGUACAGCUUUGGAGUAGUACUAAUGGAGCUUGUAACGGGGAAGAGACCAGUUGAGCCAGAGUUCGGGGAGAAUAAGGACAUAGUUGAUUGGGUAUACAGCAAGUUGAAGAGCAAAGAAAGUGUGUUAAGCAUAGUGGACUCAUCUAUUCCACAAGUUCAAAAGGAAGAUGCUAUUAAGGUUUUGAAAAUUGCUAUUCUGUGUACAGCCAGAGUUCCUGCAUUAAGGCCUACUAUGAGAACAGUGGUUCAAAUGCUAGAGGAAGCUGGGCCUUGCCAAUUAGUUGGCAUCAUUGUUGGUAAAGAUGGUCAAAAGUAAGAAAGGGAAAAUGAUAGAGAAUGUCAAAUUGUAAUUCGAGCCCCAUGAGUCCAUGGAAAUUUGUAGUUUCUUUCAAUAAUUUUCGCACAGGUAAAUGUUUUAGAUUACCUUUGUAACAUAUUAGCCAUUGUAGGAUCCUACGUUCGUAGCACAGAGUUCGCUGAGAUAGCACGUACUUUGAAGUGCCAAAUGAACUUGGUACAAGUAGCUUUUCAUUUUUCUUCCAGAUUGUAUAACAGCAUGAUUCGAACUUUUGCAGUUCACCCUUCGGGACAUGUAUGGGAUGUAGUAGUCAAUAAUAGAAUGUACAAAAUGAUUUCAUUUGAUAAAUUCAAAUAAUGGUUGAAUUUAGAA